AUGUCUGGUUCCGAUUCACUUACCAAUCUAAAAAGAGAAAUUAAACGCCUCGGGAUUGUUUCAGGCGAAAAAAUAAAAUUAUUAAGCUACUUUACUGGAAACGAAAAUAGGCGAGUUGACGCGCUAUCAUGCCUUGAUGAUGUGGACACGGAGGACGAGAAAUGUACCUACUUAAGGUCUUUAAUUUCGACGUCCGAUAUCCUUCCACCUUCUUGUUACCAAACACCACCCCAAGUUAUUGUAGAAAACUCCGUUUCCAUUGUCCAGAAAUCGUUACCUUUUCAGAAUGAGGAUGCUGAAGUUAUUGUGAAUCCGUCAACUUCUAGGAGUAUUCCGAAAGACACUUACCUACCCGAAAAUGCCUGCCAACUCCUUCGCUAUUAUGAACUUUGGAACAAACCUUACGAUAAAUGGCCGAGUCUCCAUGAAUUUUCGGAACACCUACACGAUGUAAAAAAAGAUCGCGCCCAUGAUUCAUUUAAAAAGGAGAUCGAGGUUUUAAAACAAUUAUUUUCAGAAGAUCACCCCGCACAACUACGUCUGGCACAUUUAGAGGGUCAACUUAAGCUGUUGCUUGUAGGCGAGCUGUUUGCUUGUAGGCUAGCUUUAUGCUUAGUUAGUGGGUGGAUCCUCGUUUAUAUACUAGUUCAACACCCCAGAGGAAUUUUCGUGUCUGAUUGCACUUUAGCAAAUAAAAGUUUAGAGAUAAUACAACAGACACCGCGAACGAUGAAGAAGAUCCGUAGAAUAAAAGUAGCACAAUUAACCAAAUUACUUACCAAGAAAGACGUCGUAAAAGAAGAAAUAGAAAUCGCGCAGGAUUCUGUAGUUCUUGGAGGAUAUCGCCGAAUCAGCCAGCAUUACAAUGACUUCCAUGAAGCAAGUACACGAUUGGUAAAGCGCCAUCUAUCGGAUGGAAAUGAUGAAGAUUUGAAAGAUAAGGAAGAUGUUGGCAAUUGUUGCCCUGCAUUUUCAGUCCGCAAAAAACAAUGUCUAGUGUGUCAAGAGCGUAAUAGAGAAGAGCUUGAAAAACUCAGUUGGAAAAAUAUGAGUAAAGAAGAAAGAUUGUUAGCUUUUAUAUAUGAGAUGUUAACUGAAGUGAUGGAAAUUGAUAGCAAUUUAUCAGAAGUAAUCCCUCAGAAUCAGCCCUCAACAAUUCUAUAA